AUGGAGGCAACUCUGAGCGUUUCGCCAGCCGGUAUACUACACUUACCACCGGAACUCCUGGAGAUAGUACUUGACCUUCUUGGGCGAAAGGACCUACUCUCGCUCGCCUUGACGUGCUCGCCCCUUCGCGACGCCAUCAUCCCUCGGCAUCUCCACUUCCGUGUGAUAGUUGCGUCCGAAUUCCAUGCCCCGCUAUGGGCUUACCUCGCGGCGAGACCCGACUUGGCGCGGAAUGUCCACCAGUUGACGCUGUACAACCGCAGCGAAGUCGCGCACUUCAGGGACCGCCCUAAAAUGUACCUUCCGCCUUGCUUCAAGAUCAUUGAGGGUCUUGGCCUAUUAUGCGCGAUGCGACCUCUCCUGAUGCAGUGCGGUCUGAAUGCAGACGGAAGGGAGCUCGAACGAACCGCACUCGCAAUGGCGCUGAAGAGCAUGAUCGGGCUGAGAUCACUCUCGAUACGCGCUUCAGGCUGUGUGCUUGCCGACGACAUUGCCGCCGGACGCGACCUGUUCUCACUGGCGUGCCGUGCCGUACCAAACAUCGAAACUUUGCGGGUGACCUGGAGCAGACCAGUCUAUGCGCCUGAUUUCUUCGAGUUAUUCCCGUACCCGACGCCGGCACUGCAUCCCGUAUUCACCAUGCAUGCUCUACGAUCGUUGGAAUUCCCCGACUUAUGGAUGGAUGCUCCAAUAUGGCCGGUCUUUUGCGAGAUGUUGUCCCAUUCACCUCAGUUGCGGGUGUUAUCGCUCCCAGUCUUCAUGCCAGCAUUCAGUGAUAGCGGCGAAGUUGUGAACCAUGCUGCGGAGAUGCCGCAUCUGUCUUGUUUGCGACGCCUGACGGUGCCUCCCGCUAUGUCUAAUGUCGACGUACAAGAGGCUCUCUUGGCGUACCUGCUGCGCGAUCCUCCAGUCUCAGACCUCCGUUGGGGAUGUGCCAUACAAUUACCGGAUUUCGACGCGCCUUUCCCUACGCUCCCCUCACUGCGUACCUUACGAGACACGGACUCGUUCUUUGUCGCCCGCUUCUUGCACAAUCGAGAACCAGGGUCCGUAAAACUUCGCGCGCUUGAGAGUAUUGCUUUCUACUUCGAUCCCGACAGAUUGUUGAGGGCGUUGGAGGCUCUGGAUUCUAAGUCCCUUCGACGACUCCAUGUAGCAUGUGUUGACUCAACUCGCACUCUGCGCACACUUUCCCGGAUGUUCCCGGCAUUGGAGGAGCUAUCGCUCCCUGGUUGGUGCAGCUGGACGCGACCACAUCCAGUUGCACGCGCGGCGCGCCGAUUUUGGCGCGCCAUCUCGUUUGCACCGGCCCGUGGUGAACCAAUGCGUAUCAAUUGGCGCCGCAUGUCGGUAGACAAAGCCCUCAAACUCUUCCCGAGACUGCGCUCGGUUCAUUCGGUCGAUGUAGGCGACUCGCAGCUCAACGUGACGCGUGGCCGGUCCAAGCAGCGCCAUCCGCGCGAUCCACCUCCUGGUGCGGCGAAGACUGUCGCUUCAUUGCGGAAGCGGUACCCUCGGUUGCGGACGGUCAAUGGAUGGAAGCUGGAUCCAUCGGAGAGCAUUGGAUCACGACUCAUAAGAGCCGGCAUCCUUUACCCAGGAUAG